GAAACGCACCACAACGCAAGCUGACCAUCUCAGAGUUUAACUGAAGUUGCCAUUCUCUCCAGUCUCAGUCCCUGGGAAAAAAAAAGGGAAAAAAAAAUAUGGCAGCCGCUUCCAAGUCCCCGAUCUUGUUCCUAUUUGCUGUCUUCCUUGUUGUCUCAUUCUCAAACGUGGAGGUUGGAAUGGCGGCUCGCCAGCUUCUCCAGCUGCCGAAUCUGCCUCCACUCCCGGUUUCAGUUCCAGCCGCCGCUGGCGUUCCGGUUUCAAUUCCGGUUUCAAUUCCGGUUUCAGUUGCAGUUCCAUCCGGAGUUACACUUCCGAUUUCAGUUCCAGGCGUAGCCGGGGUUCCCAAAGUCGCUGGCGUUCCGGUUUAAGUUCCCUGACUUCCAUCCGCAGCUAUGGUUACACCAUCGCCAGGAAACUAAUUAAAGAAUAUGUUACCGAGCUACUGGAAAAUGGAGAUGGAGAUGUACGAAUGAAUGUUAUGUGUUGCUUUUGUUGUUAUAUUGUCAUUCGGGUACUGCUAAGUGGUUCCUAUAUGUAAUUCCUCGAUAUAAAGUAAAGGCUUAGAC